ACUUCACUCUGAAGAUGAGGCUGCUCCACAACCCCAUACCUCCACCAUCUCCACCAUUAUUAACCUCCUUUUCAGCACCCAAAUCUUCAAUUCUUCCAAAAAAAUCAUCUUUGAACUCUCAUCAUAAACCCCUUCAACAAGUUGUCUCAACUGGGGUGUCAUUAGUUCUUUCUUUGGGGCUUCUUGUUUCUGCUCCUAAUUCCAUUGCUUUGGAAUCUCCUUCUUCACUUCAAUUUUCGUUGGAGGCAACAAAUUGUCGCGACAACGAGGCGGAGGAAGAGGUGUACACUGAAGUGUCCAAAGUGGUGAGCAAUGAAAGGAUUGUGGAAGAAGCUUGGCAGAUUGUUAAUGACAGCUUUCUUAACACUAGUCCUCGUUCUUGGUCUCAAGAAUCUUGGCUUCAAAAGAAAGAUGACAUCUUAAGUUCAUCAAUUCAGACAAGGUCAAAAGCUCACGAUAUCAUCAGGCGUAUGUUGGCUAGCUUGGGUGACCCCUAUACACGUUUUCUUUCUCCUGAACAGUUCUCCAAGAUGGCUAGAUAUGAUAUGACUGGAAUUGGAGUAAACCUCAGGGAUGUCCCAGAUGGCAAUGGAGGUUCAAAACUGAAGGUUUUGGGGCUCCUAUUGGAUGGCCCUGCCCAUAAUGCCGGUGUGCGACAGGGAGAUGAACUAAUAUCCGUGAAUGGGGUGGAUGUGCUGGGUAAAUCUGCCUUUGAAGCAUCAUCUCUGUUACUAGGUCCAAAUGGGACAUCUGUGAACAUCAUGGUUAAGCAUGGGAAUUGUGGACCUGUCCAGUCCAUUAAUGUGGAGAGGCAAUCUAUUGCUAAGACACCCGUUUUUUAUCGGCUGGAGCAGAUUGACAGUGGUUCUACUUCUGUUGGUUAUGUGCGCCUAAAGGAGUUCAAUGCAUUGGCCAGAAAAGAUUUGGUUACUGCAAUUAAGCGACUCGAAGGCAUGGGUGCCUCAUCUUUUGUUCUUGAUCUCAGAGAUAACCUUGGUGGACUAGUGCAGGCUGGCAUUGAAAUCGCAAAACUUUUUCUGAAUGAAGGAGACACGGUGAUUUACACUGUAGGAAGAGAUCCACAGUAUACAAGGAAUAUUGUUGCAGAAGCUCCUCCUCUUAUUACAGCUCCAGUAAUUGUUUUGGUUAACAAGAGUACUGCAAGUGCUAGUGAAAUUGUUGCAACUGCGCUUCACGACAAUUGUAGAGCUGUUCUCGUGGGAGACAAGACAUAUGGCAAGGGCCUGAUUCAGUCGGUGUUCGAGCUGCCUGAUGGCUCGGGUGUGGUUGUAACAAUUGGAAAGUAUGUCACGCCAAAUCACAUGGAUAUUAAUGGCAAUGGAGUUGAACCGGAUUUCAAGAAUUUUCCUGCUUUAAGUGAAGUCAACAAUCGUCUGUCCAAGUGCCAUAUGCAGCAAGAGGGAUAAGCUCGCUCGUUUUCCUUUCUGGGCCAAUUCUGAUUAUUCUCCGUGACGGAUGAAUAACUUGGGCUAGUCCUUGGUCGUGCAACACAUGGAUUGAUAUGAUAAUAACAGAUGUUAACCUCCACACUCGUUUAGCUUCACCCUUUGACUGAGCACCACCAGGAAGAAACAAAGAUUGGAUACAUAUUGCAACCUCUUCUAUUUGCCUAGGCAUCACUAUUAAAGCAAAAAAUCAGAUCAAUAUCAGCAACUUUAAUCAGAUCAAGUGCAGAACUGGCCAGUGGAUGUUGAAAUUAGCCUGAACCAGCUGAGUUGUGUUAUAUUGUAUUUAUCUUACUGAUGGCAGGUGCGCCAAUGGAUGCUAGUCGCACAAGGUGUACAUAUAUAACUAGCAAUUUACCCGAUGUAAACAACAAUGUAUAUUGUAUAUACAUAUUUUGAGUAAAUCAAUUUUAUGAUUGGAA